AUGCGGUGUCUCUGCGUUUUUUUGUUGAUCCUCAUCCUUUAUUUCUUUUCAAUAAAGGCGCAACGUCUGAAUUGCAAUAGGAUUCGUGAGAAUUGUCAACCAUGUAUGAGACGUUUGGUGGAUCCCAUCAACGAUCUGGAAUUUAUAAAUAGAGAUUGUAGGGAAAAAGUCGGUGAACGUUGGAUUUGGCGUGAUGUAAGGCGUUGUGACAUGCAAAUUGUUGCCUGCGAAAAUCACGACAGCAAACUGGAUUGUGAUACUGUGGCCAGGUUGGCAGGAAUGAGAAGACGGCGUUGA